GAGAGAGAGAGUGUGCUGUGCGUGCGGUGGUUCUCCUUCUCUCCUUCUUCUCUCCGUCGCGCCGGAUUUCACUGAAGAAGAAGAAGAAGAGGAAGAGGAGGAGGAAGGAAGGAAGGAAGGAAGAGCCCGGACGUCGGCGCCGGUGAAGUUGCACCCCAGGAUGAUGCCCGCCGGUCCCGUUCCCGCCGCCACCGCCCCCGCUCUCUAGGCGCGCGUUCCCGGUCGUUCCGAUCAGCGGGAAGCGACGCCGGCGAUGGCGAAGACCGGGGUGUUCGACGCCGAUCCGGCGGCGAGGGCGGCGAGGGCCACCGAGCUGAAGAAGGAGCUGCAUAGGCUGGUCAGGAUCAUCGCCGACGACGAGGAGUGCGGCGCCGAGGCCAUCGACCAGGCCAGGGAUGCCCUGCUCGCGCUGCGGGAGCUGAGGGCGCGGAGGAGGUCGUCCUUCUCCCUCCGGACGCUGGCCUGCCCCGAGGAGUACCGCUGCCCGAUCUCCAAGGAGCUGAUGCGGGACCCCGUGAUUGUCGCCACGGGACAGACUUAUGAUCGGCCUUCAAUCCAGAAAUGGCUAAAAGCGGGCAACAGAACGUGUCCACAAACCCAACAGGUUCUUUCGCAUACAAUCCUUACUCCAAACCAUCUGAUUAGAGAACUGAUUCUGAGAUGGUGCAAGAGUCGAGGGGUCGAAUUGUCCGAACCAGUUCACUGCAUUGACGAGGAUAGCGUUACAGAAUCUGAGCGAGAUCGUUUUCUUUAUUUGCUGGAGAAGAUGUCGUCCAAUAUAUCUGAGCAAAAAGAAGCUGCAAAAGAGCUUAGAUCGCUGACCAAGAGGAUGCCCUCCUUCCGUGCGCUUUUUGGGGAGUCACCGGAUGCCGUCACUCAGUUGCUCAGUCCACUCUCCGAAAGGCAGUCCCAAAAUGGGACGCACCUUGAUCUCCAAGAAGACGUCAUAACGACACUCUUGAAUCUCUCCAUCCACGACAAUAACAAGAAGGUCGUGGCUGAAAUUCCAUCGGUCAUCCCUCUUUUGAUGGAUGCUUUGAGAUCAGGGACAAUUGAGACAAGGAGCAACGCUGCCGCAGCCCUUUUUACUCUCUCUGCUCUCGAUUCCAAUAAGACACUAAUCGGGAAAUCAGGAGCCCUAAAGCUCCUCAUUGAUCUUUUAGACGAGGGGCACCCAUUGGCCAUGACGGAUGUCGCUUCGGCUAUCUUCAACUUGUGCAUUAUCCAUGAGAAUAGGGGUAGAGCUGUGCGGGAUGGGACGGUUGGUGUGAUUCUAGAUAAGAUUGCGAACCGUAUUCAUGUAGAUGAGUUGUUGGCUAUACUUGCGAUGCUGUCGAGCCAUCAGAGGGCCAUUGAGGAAAUGUGCGAGCUUGAAGCAGUUCCUUGCUUGCUCGGGGUUAUGAGGGAGACGUCAUGUGCUCGUAACAAGGAGAACUGCAUCGCGAUUCUCCACACUAUAUGUUUCAGUGAUCGAACCAAGCUGAAGGAACUGAGGGAAGAGGAGAAUUCACACAGAACGGUAUCUGACCUUGCAAAGAAUGGAACCUCCCGGGCUCAGAGGAAAGCCAACGGGAUCCUCGAGAGAUUGAACCGGGCCAUCAACCUUACGCACACUGCUUAAUCGAGUUACUACGCAGUGCUUGUAUAUUCUCAUCCUAUUUGCAGUACACCGGCUGCUUAUGCCACCAGGAAAUCCAUCUGGUCCUGUGUCUACAAUGUAAAUUCUCCUUUCUCCAGAGUCUUCACUCCUGUCUCGAGUUAGUUACUGUGCAUAUAACGAGAGCUUAUAAUUUUUACAAGUUUUUCCCCCCCCCCCCCCCUUUCACCGUACAAGUGCUUCAGUGUGGGUAAGUUUUGGAUGCUUAUGCCUGCAGUCAGGAGAGUCAUUCCCUAUAGCCUUUCCAUCUUUUUCCAGGUUGUCUCCAGUAGUGCGUGAAUAAUGUUCUUUGGGCUGUGGUCUCAUUCUUGUCUGUUGUUAAAUAAGAACGACGUAUUUGGCUGCUUUUCUUGAGGCUCUUUCUCUUCUUCUUCGAUAACAAACAGAUCGUGUGCAA